AUGCAGCUGCCGGUGCCUGGGCCCCUGGCCCUGCUGGACACAACAGAAGGGUUUGCGAGGAGAAAGAAGACUUCCCUUUGGUUUGUGGGGUCUCUGCUCGUGAUGUCUGCCUCCAUCCUGACCAUCGGCCUCGCCGCCACCACCAGGACAGAGAACGUGACCGUGGGGGGCUACUACCCAGGGAUCAUCCUGGGCUUUGGAGCUUUCUUAGGAAUUAUUGGCAUCAACCUGGUGGAGAAUAGAAGGCAAAUGCUGGUCGCGGCCAUCGUGUUCAUCAGCUUCGGCGUGGUGGCGGCCUUCUGCUGCGCCGUUGUGGACGGCGUGUUUGCGGCUCGGCACAUAGAGCCCAGGCCCCUCACUGCAGGAAGAUGCCAGUUUCUCGCCAGCGAGGUGGGGUACGUGCACGACGCCCACCAGACGGAGGUCACCUGCCACCCCUCGAGCGGCCCGUGUCAGCUGAAGGUGAAGAGCAGCACCUGCUACUGUUGUGAGCUCUACAGCUGCCGGAGCACGGAGCCCCCGCUCACCUACUAUGAGUUCGUGGGCGUGCGCGGCUGUCAGGACGUGCUUCACCUCUAUCGGCUGCUCUGGGCCUCGGCGGUGCUGAACGUGCUGGGCGUGCUCCUGGGCAUCCUCACGGCAGCUGUCCUGGGGGCCUUCAAGGACAUGGUCCCCCCGUCCCAGCUGGCCUACGGCCCGUCCACUCCGCCUCAGAUCCUCUACAACCCCGCCCAGCAGGUCCUGGCCUACGCGGGCUUCUGCCCGGCGCCCGCGACCCUCCCCACCUGCUCGUCUCACCCUCUGCCUCUCCAGUUUGCGGAGCCCAGAGUGUGA